AUGUCUUUGUCACCUCAAAUUUUACUAUCUAAUAAGGUACGGGAAAAAUGUGUCGCAAAAUUUAAAGAAUUACCAUCAUACAUACAGACCGAAAAUCUUUCAAAACCUCGUGCCGCUGUGUUAGUUCCUUUGUUCACUCAAAACGGGGAAGUUCACCUGUUGUAUACACUUAGAUCGAGUAACUUGAAGAAUCACAGUGGUCAAGUAUCGUUUCCAGGAGGAAAAGUCGAUGAAAAUGAAUCACUGAUUGAAACUGCCUUGAGGGAAACUCAUGAAGAAAUAGGUGUGCCGGCAUCAUCAGUCGACAUUUGGGGUGAAAUGCCGCCAAUGCAGGGUCGCGAUGGCAACAUCUUAAUUACUCCUGUGGUAGGAGUCAUUAAAGAUUUAGACGUCAAAAAACUAAAUCCUAACAUACAUGAAGUGGCUGAGAUAUUUUCUGUAUCAAUGUCAUCGUUUUGUAAUAAAAAUAAUCAUGCCCAUUUUAAAUACAAUGAUAUAAUGCUUCCGGUGUUUUUGUCAGGGAACCACAAGAUAUGGGGUAUUACUGGCCUUAUAACACACAUGUUUCUCCAGUGCUUUCUGCCUAAAGAAUUAUAUAAAGUUGACUUUUCAAGAAAAAAGUUUACUCUUGAUGAACUUUUGCCUUCAAAACUUUGA